AUGAGAUAUGAUGUUUAUGAUCUGGAGCUCACGCAAGUGAAUGACAACACCGAGCUCCGCGCACUUCUCACCCAAACAAAAGAGAAAUAUGUGGUUAUUAUCGAGGACAUUGACUGCUCGAUCAGUUUGGCUGAUAGGGCUUCGAAUAAUCCACCAGGCAAUCAAGAAGAGCAGAACAGGAGCGGUAUUACUUUGUCUGGUUUGCUUAAUUUGACGGACGGGCUGUGGUCCUGCUGCGGCGAGCAGCGCAUUAUUGUGUUUACGACGAAUCACAAGGAAAUGCUUGAUCCCGCGCUGCUAAGGAGUGCGCGGAUGGACAUGCACAUUUUCCUCUCUUUCUGCACUUUCGAGGCAUUUAAAUCUCUCGCCUUUAACUACUUGCAGGUUGAGGACCAUCCUUUGUUUUCAACAGUGGAGGAGAAGAUGAAUGCUGGAGCGGAAAUGACUUGUGCAGAAAUUAUAGAGGUUUUAAUGAAUAAAGUGGAGGAGCCCUCUGAAGCGCUGAAUGAUGUAAGUUGUGCUCUUGAUGCCAAGAUUAGGGAAAAGGAAGAAAUGUCUCCAGUUCCACCCACAUCCUAG